AUGAAAGACGUUUUAUCUACACUGAGCGCCAAUCUGGGCACCGGCGUUGGCCCAUUCUGCGCCCUGGCGGCAGGAGUUGGUCUCCUAUCACAUUGGGGCUACUUCAUCCGCGGGCACAGGAGCAUGGAGGUGUUCAACAUUUUGGUCGUCCACGGCGUCGCACUGAUGCUUCUCUUCCUAAAGUCCGUUACGAGUCUGGGAUUUAUAAAGGGAGUAACGGCGCAUCUUGCAAUAUCGAGCUCUUACUUCGCCGGUCUGUUCACUAGUAUCGGGAUAUACCGCCUACUCUUUCACCCACUACGCCGGUUUCCCGGUCCUGUUCCGGCUAAGCUUAUGAAGCCCUACAUCAUGUGGCUCAACAGAGAUUGGAAGUUGCAUGAAAAGUAUCUCGAGAUGCACGAGAAGCACGGAGAUUUUGUGCGCGUGGGUACGGAUUCAACAUCUCGAACGAGCGCUAUUGAUAAGGGAAGCCAAGCACCAGCUAAUAAGAACCCAGGCCCGAACGACAUCUCAAUCGUCGACCUUGACGCCAUCAACAAAAUCCACGGACCACAGACAAAGUGCACCAAGCGCAACACCGGCUUCUACGACGCCUUGAGGACAAAGGGCGAGUUGAACUUGGAUUCUCUUUCGCACAACGAGUUUGGAUUCAUUGACACUCCGCCAGCCCUCGAAAGAUACGAAGAAGAAACCCGCACCGUCCUCCGAACGUGGCUUUCCCGCCUUGAAGAAGUCCAAGGAAAGCCCAUCAACGCCUCUCACUACGCGAAACUCAUCCCCUUUGACAACAUGGGUCGCGUAGGCUACGGUAGAGAUUUUGGUACUGUCCGAGACGGCAGAGAGGACAGGAUGCUUGACCUCAUCGAGACGACGUUUAAGUUGGGCGCUCGACUAGGGCAGACGCCUUGGCCACUCGUGUUUUUGGCGAAGCUGCCACGGAUGGGGAUGCAGAAGGAAUUUGAGGAUUUAGGGGUUCGACUUGUCGAUGAGAGGAUUGCCGUUGAUUCCGAUGAGUCUCACGAUAUGUUGAAAUACUUUCUCGACGAUUACAAGUCUGAGAAACCAAAGUCCUUCUUCAAUGUCAACAUCAUGUAUUCCGACUCUCAAGCCAUCCUCAUCGGAGCAACGGAUACAAUCUCCUGCACCUUAGGGUACGCCUUCUACUACAUCGCCCGCGACGCCAGACUCCGUCAGCGUCUUUACGAGGAGAUUGCCCCUAUGCACUCCAAGACCCUUGAAGGGGAAUUCGCUGUGACGGACCUCAAUAAGCUUGAGCUUCUUGAAGCUGUCAUCACCGAGACUUUGCGCAUGUAUGCUCCCGCGCCGAUCAAUGGGCCCAGAAUGGCUCCGCCUGAGGGUGUGACGAUUGAUGGAACCUACAUCCCUGGAAACGUGACUUUAUGCCACAAGUAUUGGAGGUACCCUAAUGAGUUUAUCCCCGAGCGCUGGACGACGCGUCCCGAGUUAAUCAUUGACCGCAGGGCUUUCUUGCCCUUUAGCUACGGUCGAUAUGACUGUGUAGGACGGCGCCUGGCUUGGAACGUUCUGCGGCUUACCAUCGCUUACACUCUCUGGAACUACGACUUUGAAUUCGCCCCUGGAGAAGACGGCAAGACGUUCGAGGAGGAAGCCAAGUUCCAGCUAAUUAUUAAGCCUGCAAAGUUGGACUGUGUGUAUACGAAGAGGCUUGAGACUCGGUUGUGA